UACAUAUCAAACAUUAGCAUUACAUAAAGCAAGAAAGUAUAGUGCACCUGUCCUGAAGACAGUUUAAGAAUCAAAUUUUAGGGAGUUUCAUUUUGUGCUCCGGUUCAGCGAUUUCAAUGGUAAUCACGAAAUCUUCCAACGGAACGAUGAGCUCGUCGUCCGGUAUAAGCACUUUCUUUGUCUAAAACGAGACAUAUCAGUUGUAACUGUGCGUCGAAAACACCUCAUCAUGCCCUGCGCCGUACCUACUUGCGGUUCCUCGGAUGGAACCUUUAAACUUUUUCCUCGCUACGGAUUACUCUCGGAACGAUGGUUACAGGCAAUCCAGGUUGGCACUGGACUGCAGGUUGCAGUUGCUGAAGCCCAGGAACUUUGCCAGUACGAGAUUUGCGAGCAGCACUUUGCCGUCGUUCAACACGAGCAGUCGGAUGAGUAUUGGUAUCAGGAACCGACGCUGUUCACCCAUUGUAACGGUGAACUUUCGGAAGUAGCUAGCUGUCGGCUGUGCUUGAACUUUCACCCGAGCUCCAAUAUGAUUGCCUUAAGCAGUGUCCUAGAUAAAGAGAUCGUUACGUCAUUUUUAUAUAAAUCAUUGAACAUUGCCUUUAAGGAUGAUGAUUUCCUGCAAAUGGUUUGUGGUGAAUGCAUCGUUCGUUCCGAAAUAUUACAAUCAAUCUGGACAUCGUUCCUCGCCGCAGAGCAAAAUUUCAUCAAUAUUGUAGCAACGGCUCAAACUUGUGCACGAGAAAUUCACAGCAAAAUUACUUUAGAACACCCACCGAUCGAUUCAUUCAUUGAGGAAGUAGAAAUUGACACACUGCCGGAAUUGAGUACCGUUGGAGAAGUAGAUGACAAAGCAUCACACCCAGAAGAACCUUUACCCGAUCCAUCCCACGAAGAAACAGAAACCAUCGAUCGUAAAGCUACUAGUACCAGAUUCAAACAACCCACCAAGCGAAAUGAGAAAAAGGCUCUGCUGAGAGCCGUCAUCGGUAGAAAGUGCUACAUCUGCGUAACGGUGUUCGAAGACGCCAAUGAGUUACUAUCGCAUCUCACUGAGGUACAUGCCAACAACUUUGGGUACGUUUGCGGUGAAUGUUUCCUAAAAUUUCAUCAGGUCAUCUCAUAUAAUCGUCAUUUGGGGCGUCACGAAGCCAAAGAACGACCGAACAAAUGUAGUAUCUGUCAACUUGGAUUUUCCUCCUGCAAUCAGGUAAAAGUGCAUGAGAAAAAGAUGCAUGGAAUUAAAAAUAAUGCCAAAAUACACAUUAAGAAGGUUUCGUUAAUAAACUGUAAUAUGUGUGAUAAAACAUUCAGGGGUAAUUCGAAACUGAAUGUUCACAUUCAAAGCGUUCACAACAAACAACUCAUCCCCACCUGUAUCCUAUGUAACAAGACUUUUACUGCUAAAUCGAGUUUGGAAAGACACAUGCUUCUGCAUACUAACGAAAAACCAUAUAGUUGUAACGAGUGUUUAAUCAGCUUUAGUCGUUCGGUUGAUUUACGGAACCACAUCAGAAUGAUUCACGAAGGCAUAAACCCAUAUGUUUGCAGGGAAUGCAACGAACAAUUCAGGAGCUAUCAUUCUCUUUAUAUGCACCGUCAAAUUGUUCACUUGAAAAAACCUCCGCCGGCCGCUCCGUUCAAACCAUAUCAAUUGAUCUGCAAACUUUGCAAGCAAAUUUUCAAAAAAUCUACCGAAUUGAUCGAGCAUAUUCAACAGAGUCACAUCGAAGAAACGUACCCAUACAUACAAUGUCCCAACUGCCCGAAAACAUUUCUGUCUCAGCAACUUCUAAAUCAUCAUAAGGAGAUUCACACGGAUCGGUACCGUUGUAACUUCUGCGGAAAGCGUAAUCCGACUAUUCAAAGACUGCAAAUUCACAUCGAGAACAAACAUAAUGACGUGCGCAAGUAUGACUGUACUCACUGUAUUACCAAAUCGUACAAAACGGCAUCCGCACUGCGAAACCACGUUCUGACGCAUACCCACGGGAAGCAGUAUAGGUGCGACAUAUGCCACAAGAAUUUUAUGAGAAAAGAUCAAAUGAUUAUUCAUCGACGGAUUCAUACCGGCGAAAAACCAUUCCAAUGCGUAGUCUGUAUGAAACGUUUCAGCGACGAUGCCUCAUACAGCAAACACAAGAAGCGCUGUCGCUUCUUGCCAGUCAACAACGAUUUCAAUGCUAUGGAAAUUGAAUACUGUUAAUCAGUGAUACCAAAGUAGUGCUAUUAUACCAAAUGUACUGAGGGAUUUUUAGUGAAAUUCUACUAGAUUUAAUAAAUUAUCAGUAUUAAUACUA